GGAGAUGGACGGGGACGAGACGGCCGUCGUGGCGGCGGCAGAGGCUGAGGUGGUGGGGUCGGCGGAGACGGAGGAGCACGUCCAGCGCAUCCUCCUCGCCAUCGACAACUUCACUCGCAAGGUGUCGGAGAUGCUGGACUCCGGGCGCGCCAUGUUCAAGGACCUCGCCGCCGACUUUGAGGACCGCCUCUGCACGAUCCACAAGGAGAGGGUGGACAAGUGGGAGGAGGAGAUCAGGGAGCUGCGCGCCCGCGACGCCGCCAACGAGCACACCCGCGCCAGCACUUAGGCAUCUCCAGCCCUUCAGGAAGAGUAAAAAAUCGCCCCCUGAGGGCGCAUCGGCGCUAAACCGCGCACUGGGGGCGUGAUGUCCCCAGUCGCGGCCCUCCACGGGUUUUUAAAAUGUUUA